GUUACUUUAAAUAACAACCAGGACUAGUUUUGUACCUCAGUGAAUAAUCAUCGAAACCGCAUCGAAACUCGAGCCUGAGACUAAAAGACGACCAUUAAUCCUGUAAAGUGUGAAUGUGACAGCUGCUUUUCCACAGUUUGUGUACUGACCAGAGAUUAUUAAUGACCAGUAAUGUCAAAGUGUCGGCUUUUCUUCUACGAGGAAGUGGGAUGUGUUCGCUUGUGGAUUCAGGACUGCUGUAGGAAUCUGUACAGCUAGACAUCUCUAGUGAGACGGCGGUCAAAGUAGGUCUUUCUUAUCUAAACUCCCAGACAUCCAGAUCAGAGUGAAAUAAAAACGAUUACGGUGUGAUGUGAUACCCGAAGCUAAGAAUGGCUACAGAGGAUCGAGUAUUAAAGUCAUUUCUAGCCGCCGAUGAUGGAGCUGAAAAUAUAAAGCCAGCAGACUGGAAGAACAGGAAAGCAGUGCCUCUGCCUCAUCAGGUGGCUGGUCACAAGUACGGCAUCCAUAAAGUCGGUAUUCUACAACACGAUGAUGGUACUGUACUGAAACAGCUGCAGCCUCCACCCAGAGGCCCAUGUGAGAUGCAAUUCUACACCCAGGUGUUUGCUCAAGACUGUACAGAUCCACACUUACUGGCCUUACAACAACACCUACCCAAAUACUAUGGCACAUGGUCAACUCCAGAUAAACCAAAUGAGCUGUACAUGAAGCUGGAGGAUGUGGCUGGGAGGUUCACAUGUCCAUGCAUCAUGGAUGUAAAGAUUGGGAGAAAGAGCUAUGAUCCGUUUGCCUCACAAGAGAAACAGAAAGAGCAGAUCAGAAAGUAUCCUCUAAUGGAAGAGAUCGGGUUCUUGAUUCUAGGAAUGAGGGUUUACCACGUAGCUUCAGGAAGCUAUAUUAGUCACGAACAGUUCUAUGGUCGCAGUCUAACAAAGGAAACACUCAAAACUGGAUUAGCUAGAUUUUUUCAUAAUGGAGUGGAGCUAAGAAAAGAUGCCAUUUCUGUUAGCAUCCAUAAAAUCCGUAACAUCCUGCAAUGGUUUGAGCGCCAGAAGAGCUUCCACUUCUAUGCCAGCUCUCUGUUGUUUGUAUACGAGGGCUCUCAUCACAUAGGCAAUGCAAAGAAUGAAAAUGAAGCUCUGACAGGACAGGAAUAUAGACAAACUGAGCCAGAGAACAAAAGUAAUGCUCACAUCAGUAGCUCAACGCUGAAGAGCUCCUGCGGACAGGUAAACUUUAGUAGCAUUCUUGAAACCAUUUACAAUUUAAGGAAAGUUAAUGGGUUUGGGUCUCACUCUUUACAUCACCAGGCUAUAGGAAUGUCAGCUGACAUGAAGGCAAAAGCAAACACUGUGGUUGAAGGCAAAAGCUCAAAUAGUGGUAAGGGGGAAAAUGUAGAGGUCAGGAUGAUUGAUUUUGCCCACGUGUUUCCCAGUGAUAGCUCAGAUGAUAACUACAUUUACGGACUGAGGAGCCUCCUCUUUGUUUUGGAGCAGAUCCUCCAAGAAUGACUGUAUGUCCUCCAAGAUUAUACCAAGUUAAAUGGCUUGGAUAACGUUGAUAGACUUUUUUCUAUCUUGGGUUUAUCAAGGUUCAUCUUCAAAGGAUGUUGAAAUAGUGAGGUGGAGUCAGUCAUUUAUUAUAUAAUGAAUGGUACAUUAAAUAUACUAUGUACCUGCUUACAAUCAGACUCUGCUGGUGCUGGUGAUAGGAUACAGGCAGGAAGAUGUUCAGUGUAGAAAAAAACCCAAAACAAAACAAAACAACAACAACAACAACAACAACAAAAAACCAAA